GAACAGCAUAGGGGAAACAUAUGCUGCAGCAACACUGAAAGUAGAGGGUGAGGCUCAGGAGAUGGAGCUGAGGGAAGAGAACAAGCCCCGUUUUCUUAUCAAACCCCUGUCUACACGCGUAGGCCGAGGAGAAGAUGCUGUUUUCUCGUGUAAGCUCUGGGGUAACCCUAGGCCAGAGGUGGUUUGGGAGAAAGAUGGAAAGAAGCUGAACGAAAUCUUUGAGAGCACACAUUUCAGUGUCGGCUAUCAGGAUGGAGGAUGGUUCCAGUUAAAAAUUUUUAAGACACGGGCACCUGAUGGAGGGGUGUACACAUGCAAGGCCAGGAAUGAGUUUGGUGAAAGCCUUGCUGGCGCUGUGCUGCUAGUCGACGCAGGCCCAGGACAUGAAGAUGAGGGGAAUCGCAAUGGGUAUAGUAAUGGACAUUGGAAGGCACAUCAGGGAAAGCAGAGAAGUGGAAGGCAGGUUUCGACACGACUAAAAGACGAACCUCUGCCAAACUCAGCCAAAGUGAAAAUGUUUGCAGUGACAGAAGGAAAACAUGCCAAAUUCCGCUGCUAUGUGACAGGAAAGCCAAAACCAGAAAUUAUAUGGAGGAAAGAUGGAAGACUAAUCUUGUCUGGAAGGCGGUAUCUCUUAUAUGAAGACCGAGAGGGGUACUUUACACUUAAAGUUCUUUAUUGUAAACAACAGGACAAUGGGGUAUAUGUCUGUGCUGCAUCCAACACUGCAGGACAAACCCUGAGUGCAGUGCAUCUUUCAGUUAAAGAACCACCCGUAAGAUUCAAGCAACCACUCAGCGACCUUCAGGUCUGGGAGCGGGACCUAGCCAUUCUUGAGUGUGAAGUGCCGGAGGACUCCGUGCCCAUCACAUGGUAUUUGGAAGACAGGCGGCUGCAACCAGGAGCUAAAUAUGGGAUGGAAGAGUGGGGGACAAAACGCCGACUCACAAUCCGUGACAUCGGAAUUGACGACGAUGGCAUCUAUCUCUGUGAGAUGGCAGAUGGAGGAAGAAGCAUAGCUGAGGUAGCUGUCAAAGGUACCAUUGUAAGAAAGCUUCCCAGAAAAGUGGAUGUUUUGGAAGGGGAAAAUGCAGCUUUCUGUGUGGAGGUUGAAGAGGAAGAAAUGGACAUUCACUGGUACAAAGAUGGAGUAGAGUUAAGGGAAACGCACCAGACUAUCCUCAAAUCAUUUGGCAGAACUCACAUCUUGGUCUUUGUCAAUACUACACCCCACGAUUCUGGCAUGGUUAUCUUCUAUGUGGGUAGAUCAAAGACAUCGUCUCAGCUAAGGGUGAAAGCUGCAAGGCACUGUCCACCUAGCUGUCCUAUAGGAGUGCAGAUAAACACAGAGCGUGCAAAUGCAGCACUCCUGUCCUGGGUUCCAGCACAGGACUGUCGGAAGAAUCCACCCUCGGGCUACAUCCUUGAGAGACAGGAAAUGGGCUCUCAGGAGUGGCUGCAGUGUCUCACUACUGACUCAGCAACCUCUGUGGAGAUUCUUGGUGACAGUGUUCCCUGUGAAGCUGACUACAGAUUCCGUAUUUGCAGCAUUAACAAGUAUGGAAGAAGUGGGUAUGUGGAGUUCCCUCGAGCGGUUCACCUAGUUCCAGUGGCCAAAAUACAAGCACCUUUACAAGAUGCCUUGGUGCCAGAGGGUCAGGAUGCCUGUUUUUCCAUCGAGCUGUCUGCAUCAGUCAUAGGCACUUGGUUUUUAAAUGGCAACCAACUUCAGGAAGACGAACGUUUCUCCAUCAGGCGGUCUCGUACGCACCAGUCCCUUCGCAUUCGUGGUGUACGAGACACUGACAAUGGAGCUGAAAUCACCUUCAUUGCAUAUGGAAUUCGGGAUUCAGCAGCUUUGUAUAUACAAGCUCCAUUGGUUAAAUUUACUCCACUUUCUGAAAUGGACCGAAAUAAGUUUGUGGAAGUUGGCAAUCCAAUAGUGCUCUACUGUGAGCUUUCUGAUCCUGAAGCCCAAGUCCGCUGGUAUAAGAACGGCAUUGAACUGCACUCAGUAGAAGGUCUUCACAUCCAGUCGGAAGGAACAAUGAGGAGAAUCGUCAUUCAAUCAGCUGAGUUCUCCCAUUCAGGAGUUUAUACCUGUGAUGCCAUAGAUGAUGUCAUCAGGUUUAAUGUGGAAGUCGAAGCUCCACCUGUGAGAUUCACAGUGCUUCCUGACGUUGAGAGAAACAAGUCCAUUGAAGCUGGUUCUCCAAUUAUACUUCAAUGUGAGCUCUCAGAUCCAAGUGCCCAGGUCUUCUGGUACAAAGAUGGAGCAAAACUCCUGCCACAGAGUGGACUAGACAUCCAGUCUGAUGGCACUAAGAGAUCACUGGUAGUCCAAAAGGCUGAAUUUUUCCAUUCCGGGGUGUACAGCUGCAAGACAAAGGGUGCUGCAGUCCAGUUCAAUGUGGAAGUCAAAGCUCCACCAGUGAGGUUCUCAGCUGUCCCAGACAAUGAGAGGAGAAAGUGCACUGAAGCAGGCUGCGCAGUCAUUCUACAGUGCGAGAUAUCAGACUCAACUGCACAGGUCCACUGGUUCAAGGAUGGAAAGCAAAUUUUCGUAGAAUCUGGAAUAGACUUCCAAUCAGAGGGCCGUGUACGGAAAUUAAUCAUUCAGACAGCAGCCCUGUCUCACUCUGGUGUGUACAGGUGCACAACAAAAGAUGACGCCGUCGAGUUUCAUGUGGAGAUCAGAGCUGUACCAGUGCGGUUCUCAGCUGUUCCUGAAAUUGAGAAGAAUAAAUGCAUUGAAGCUGGCAGUGCUUUUGAGCUUUGCUGUGAGGUAUCAGACCCUACAGCCCACGCCCGCUGGUACAAGGAUGAAUUAGAGCUCCUCCCAGAGACUGGCUGGGACACUCAGGCUGAGGGCACACUGAGGAUGUUGGUAGUCCAGUCAGCAGAUCCCAGUCACUCUGGACUUUACCACUGCAACACGUCUGAUGACUAUGUCCAGUUCACUGUGGAUAUCAAAGCUCCACCGGGGAAGUUCUCAGCCUUACCAGAGAUUCUGAAGAACCAGCUGUUUGAAGCAGACUACCUCACUGAUCUACGCUGUGAGAUCUCAGACCCUCCAGCCAAGGUGUGUUGGUAUGAGGAUGGAGCAGAGCUCAACUCAAAAAGUCAACCUCAUAUCAAAAAGGAGGAUUCCAGAAGGACACUAACUGUCAAGACAGCACAGGCCUCCGAGUCGGGACGGUACGACUGUGUGAGAAAGGAUGAUGUCAUCCAGUUUAAUGUACAAGAUGAAGCUCAACCUUUGAAAUUGCUGGAUGUUCCUGAAGUUGAGAAGAACACAUGUAUUGAAGAAAGCACCCCUGUUGUACCACAAUAUAAAAUCUUGGAUUCCACUGAAUGUGGCUAUCAUUUAAAAGAUGAGGGAGAGAUUCUGCUUCAAGCUGAAAUUGAGUCUGAACCUCAGAUUAAAUUGGAAGGAUCCAAAAGUCCUUUAAUCGUCAAGUCAUCUGAGAUACCUCACAAUGGGACAAACAGACCUAGGACACCAGAUGAUCCCAUCCAGGUUAAUGUGGAUAAAGCCGAGCUGUCUCACUCUGAGGUGUACAAGGGUGAGAUCUAUGAUGACUCUGUCCCGUGCACUGUGGAUAUUAAAGCCCCAAAGACGAAUUUCUCAACUCGUCGUGAAGUGCCGGACAACAAGCCUCCUGAAGCAGAAUGUCUCAGAGUGCUGAAUGAGAUCUCUGAGCAGAAGGCCCAAAUCUGUGGGCAAGGAGAAAUAUCGAUAGUCCACCAACAAGAUGCGACAAACGCCACAUCUCAUCUCAUCUCAGAGAAACAGUUUGCCCAGUUAUCAAAGAAGCCUCACAAAGAGGUGUACAGAGCUGAGACUAAGGAUCAGCCUGUGACAUACCAAGAUGAAGUAAAAGUACCACCAGUGAAGUUCUCCGCAAUCACUGAAGCUCAGAGGAACAGAAAUGCUGUAGUUGGAGAGCCCUUUGAACUGCAGUGUGAGGUCUCAGAUGCUGCUGCACAGGUUUGCUGGUACAAAGAUGGGAAUGAUUUGCGGUCUCAAGCUGGAGUUUUCAUUCUGUCUGAAGGUGCAAUACGAAAACUCAGAGUGCAGUCAGCUCAAUUGGCUCACAGUGGAACAUACAGUUGCAAGACAGACACUGAUGCCAUUACAUUCAACGUGGAAAUCAAAGUGCCAUCACUGAGGUUCAAACCACUGUCAGAGAUGGAGAGGAACAUACGCGUUGAAGUAGGCUCGCCAUUUGUUCUGAAAUGUGAGAUUUCAGACUCUGCAGCCCAAGUUUGCUGGUAUAAAGAUGGCUCAAAACUCUCCCCCAAAAAUGGACUUAAUAUCCAAACCGAUGAAAAUUUGAGGAUAUUAAGUGUUCAGUCAGCCAAGCUUUCUGACAGUGGACACUACACCUGUGGCAUUCCUGAUAAUGCUGUAUCAUUCAAAGUGGACGUUCAAGUUCCUCCCAUAAGGUUCUCAGCACUUCCAGAGGUUGCAAGGAACAAGUUCAUUGAAGCAGGCUGCCCCAUUGUACUUCAGUGUGAAAUCUCUGACCCAACUGCCCAAGUUUCCUGGCUCAAAGAUGGAGUGCCACUCCUUCAACAGGCUGGACUUGACAUCCAAUCAGAGGGCACCAUGAGGACAAUGAUCAUUCAUUCAGCUGAGCUCAAACACUCGGGAGUGUACAGCUGUGAAACUAGGGAUGAUCGCAUAGCAUUCAAGGUGGAUGUUGCAGCACCUCCUGUGACAUUUGUCUAUAUGCCAGAGGAAGAGCUCCACAGAAAUAUUAUGGAACAGGACAAUCUCUUCCUUUGUUGUGAGGUGUCCAGGUUUGAUGCUGCUACACAGUGGUACAAAGAUGGAGUUGAAAUACAGCCCAGUGACAAAGUUCUAAUAGAGACAGAAAACACCAUACGGAAACUGAUUAUCCAGUCUGUUCAGCUGUCAGAUGCUGGAGUGUACACUUGCCGUGCAGGAGACAAUGCCUUAAUCUUCAAGGUUAAUGUAAGAGAGCCUCCAGUAAUGAUAGUCUAUCCCAAGGAAGAUGUUCACCUUGAUCGUCAUGUUCCUGAGGAAGUAGUCCUCAGCUGUGAACUUUCCCGCCCCAAUGGAAAAGUGACUUGGCUCAAAGAUGGACAAAAACUUCAAGAAAGUGAAAACAUAAAGCUAAAGACAGAAGGUCCUUACAGGAGGCUAAAGAUUCUUCACAGCAGAGUUGAGGAUUCAGGAGAAUAUGUCUGCGACACAGCUGAUGACUCAAAGUUCUUUUAUCUCAGCAUUAAAGAACCUCCAGUGCGCAUCGUUUCUCCAAGUCAAUCCCAAAUGGAACUUUGCCAGCAAACAUCAGAGAGGAUGGUGCUGAGUUGCGAAAUUUCCAGACCCAACGCUUCCGUGCGCUGGUAUCGUGAUGGGCUUGAAGUAGAAGAGAACAACAACCUAAUACUGGAAGUUGAUGGUGUUUACAGAAGACUCAUAAUACCAGAGACAACAGUCAGUGAUUCUGCAGAAUACGUGUGUGACACAGCUGAAGACUCUGUGACUUUCUUCGUAAAUAUUGCAGAACCACCAGUGCGAUUUAUUCGGCCAAGGAAAAUGGCCUACGAAGUAGAAAAAUUUGUUGGAGAUACAGUAGUCCUUGACUGUGAGGUGUCUAGAUCAAACGCCGAAGUCAGCUGGAAGAAGAAUGGAGAGGAGAUUGACGAGAACAGCAACAUAACGAUAACUGAAGAUGGCAGUAGUCGACAGUUAACGAUUCAUUCAGCAGUGCUUGAGGAUACAGGCCAAUACGUCUGUGAUGCUAAAGAUGAUGUAAUGGACUUCCAUUUGAAAAUACUUGAGCCUCCAAUUAAAUUUCUGCAAAAAGCUGAUAUAUCAACAGACAUACACGUUGUAGUAUCAGAUGCUAUUGUACUGAAGUGUGAACUUUCCAGAGCAAAUGGUGUAGUCCAGUGGUACAAGGACAACGAGAGAAUUGUGGGUAAUGAGCAUUUUAUCUGUGAAGAAAAAGGGGCAUUCAGAUCUCUGAUUGUCCUGAAUGCUGAGAUCAGGGACUCUGGGGAAUACGUAUGUGACGCAAAAGAUGACAAGACUGUCUUUAAUGUCACAGUGCAAGAAGCACCAGUCUCUAUCCUAGGAAACUCUGGGAAUCCAGAACACUACACACUGGUUGCUGGGGAUGAGCUGAUACUUGCGUGCGAGGUGUCUCGAGAGAAUGCCUUUGUUCAGUGGCUUUGCAAUGGUAGAGUGCUGCAAGCAGAUUCAAGAACACAUAUUGAAAGUAGAGGCACAAUGAGAAAAUUUGUGCUUUCAAGCCUUGACAUAUUUGACUCGGGAGAAUAUGUCUGUGAUGCUACCGAUGACAAAAUGACAACAAUAGUAACAGUUCAAGAGCCACCACUCAAGUUCAUCAAAAAGGAAGAGAGGACAAAUAUUACUGCCUAUGAAGAAGAUAGUGUAACACUAUGCGCCAUCGUGAACAGGGACAAUGCCCCUGUGAAGUGGCUUAAGGAUGGUGAUCAAAUUAGGGAUGAUCGUUUUUGUACCACAACUGAUGGAUGUACUCAUUACUUGACCAUCAAUCCUCUUAAAAGGUCUGAUGCUGGAGAAUAUAUAUGUGAUGUGGGCACAGAUGAGAUCCACUUUAGUGUCCAUGUCAAAGCUAUGAAGGUGAAAUUCUCCAAGCCACUGGAGAACAUAGUGGGACUCAAGGACAAUGAUGUUGUAUUGAGGUGUGAACUCUACAAGUCCAAAGGAGAUGUGCAAUGGCUAAAGAACAACCAAGAGAUCACACCAAACCGGCAUUUCACAAUCAGGGCAGAUGGGCGAGAGAGAAGCCUCACAAUACACAAUGUAACAGAUGACGAUGCAGGAGAAUAUGCCUGUGAAUCUAAAGAUGAGAGAACAUCUGCAACAGUAGUAGUUGAAUCCCCUCGCAUUGUGGAGUUUAUUGCUGAGUUACACAACAUAACCGUUAUGGAAGGAGAAGAUGCCACAUUUAAGUGUGUAGUGUCCCCAGAAGAUGCAGAGCUGGUCUGGUGUAUGAAUGGCUGGCCUAUUAUAUCAAAUGAAAGGUUUAACAUCUCAAGUAAUGGACUAUGCCAUAUGCUGCACAUCAACAACUGCCAAGUAUCAGACAGCUGCAGGCUGACAGCCGAAGCUGAAGGCGUGAUAUCCAAAGCAAUCCUUCAGGUUCAAGAGGCCCAAGUGCUGUUCACGAAGAAAAUGGAGUCUGUGGUGGCGGAGGAGUAUGGGGAGGCCACUCUUGAGGUGGAGGUAAGCCUGGAAUCCGGGGAAGUUCAGUGGAUGAGACAAGGCGUAGUCAUACACCCAGGGCCCAAGUUCACCCUGAAGCAGAGCGGCCAGAAACGCUCCCUCACAAUCCACAAGCUUGCCCUUUCUGACCGGGGGAUGUACAGCUGCGAAACACUCCACGACCGCACGCAAGCCAAGCUCAGCGUGGAACCUCGAAAAAUCAAAAUACGGAAAGGACUGAGUGAGGUCCAAACCUUUGAGCGCGAGACGGCAUCCUUUGAGGUGGAGCUGUCACACAGCAACGUGGAGGGGGCGUGGCAGAAGGACGGGAGCCGCCUCAAAAACAACAACCACUGGCGCAUGACUGCCAAAGGCCAUGUGCACAGCCUUACCAUCUCCAACCUGUCUCUGGAGGACACUGGCACCUACACAUUCUCCGCUGAGAAUGUAAGGUCAUCUGCUAGGCUCAUUGUUAAAGAGACACCAGUAUCCAUUCUGAAAAAGCUAGAGGAUAGCACUUUUCCAGAGGGCACUGGAGCUACACUUGAGUGUGAGCUGUCCAGGCAUAAUGUUGAUGUUAAGUGGACAAAGAAUGGACUAGAACUUAAAUCAGGCAAGAACCUUCGCAUAUACUCCAUGGGGAGGAAGCGCUUCCUACAGAUCUUGAGAUGUGAGCUGGGAGAUUCAGGUGUAUAUGUGUGCGACGCUGGAGAUGCCACUACUUCCUGCUCUGUGGAAGUCUAUGAGAGGGAGCUUGAAGUGUUGCAGAGUCUGGAAGAUCUGGAUAUUCAAGAGGACCAGAAUGCUGUGUUUAUGUGUGAAGUAUCACUGGAUGACGUACCUGGAGAGUGGUUCAAGAAUGGGGAGAAAAUCAAACCCACCAGCACCAUCAAGAUCCGACAGGAAGGAACCAAGCACUUUCUUCUCAUGUGCAAUGUUAAAGGAGAAGAUUCAGGAGAGAUUAAAUUUGUUGCCAAGAAUGUUGAGUCCACUGCUUACCUAGAGGUGGAGGAACUCCCUGUGAGCAUAGUGAAGCCGCUACAAGACAAAACAGCUUUGGAGAAGAGCCGCGUCAUACUGGACUGCACGGUGUCCAAUCCUCGGUGCAGCAUCCGUUGGUAUAAAGGCAGGAACGUUAUCCUACCCUCAGAGCGCUUUGAGAUUUGCAGUGAAGGCUGCUAUCGCAAGCUUGUCAUUCAGCAGGUGGCCCUGGAGGAUGAAGGUACAUACAGUGUCCAGGUGGGCGACUAUACGUGCUCAGCAAGACUCACUGUGGAAGCCCAGUCAAUCUUGAUGGUACAAGAUUUGCAGGACGUGGAGGUGAAAGCCCCAGAGGAGGCCUGUUUUGCAUGUGAGGUGUCCGUGCCUGUACUCAAGGCUCCCGUUUGGACUCUGAACGGAGAGGUACUGCAGCCGGGGCCCAGAGUUCUUCUGGAGAAAAUGGGAACAGUGCACCGGCUCACCCUGAGGCAGACAUCAGAGGACAUGAGUGGUGUGGUGGAAUUUGUUUCAGGAAAGGCGAAAAGCACUGCAAAACUGCAUGUCAAAGAAUAAUCCUUGAGACAUGGAACCAUCUUGACCUUGUGAUUACUGAAAUUGAUGCCUUGAAGCCAGAGAGUGAAGACAUAUUCUGCUAUUCUUUAAUGGGUCAGUGAAUGAGGAGUCUCUUUAAAAAGAUAUUCAAGAGAAAUUUUUACAGAAUGUGCUUAUGUACACCCACAUCUAUACAGUCAAUCUAAAUGUUUUGCACUCAUCAGAAAUUUUAGGCCUGCACAAAAAUCUAUAACUGUACUUCUUUAUUUAAAGUUACAAUUUAAUAUCACAGUAUUCCCCAUACUCUCCAAGGUUACUGUUAGUUAUAAUACACUUUGUGUUGGCAUAGCACUACUGUCAGUUUAUAUAUCAUGGUUUUGUGCAUUGUAAAUGUCAGUAGACUUACAGUUAACAGUGUCAGGAUGAACCUGCAGCUCAUGUAUUACAUUAACAAAACUUAAAUUGGUUGAAAAGUCAGUAUUUAAUUCCUUUAAAAUUAUGUACAUUGUCCUUUGUAUAGAAACCUUUU